AUGUUGUAUGAUGAUAUUGACAUUAUUUCCAUCUCUACUAUUGAAGAUAUAAUAGAAGAAGAUAUUGAAAUUAUUAAAUUACAGACUGUUAAUAAGUUUGCUACGAAUGUGAUUAGAGAUAUCAAUACAAAACAUAGAUCGAAAGAUAAUGAAACUGAUUUUAAUUUGACAAACGAAGAAACAAGUGAUCUCACCUUAGCUGAUAAUAGUUGGAAUGCAAACACAACAGAAGACAAUUCUUUUGACAUAUGCAUUGAUGAUCGAAUCUUUUUUAAAAUAGUAUCACGAACUAUUAACGUUAAUGAGUCAGAUAAUGGUCGGAAUAGUAAUACAACAGAUAAGUUGCAAAGACCUAAUAGUCAAAAAGCCCCUAUUGAAAUAAUUGCAAUUGAUGAAAUUAAUAAUUAUAUUUUUGAUAUGAUUAAUGGAUUGGAAAAUGAUACUGCUCUAUUUUCUACUUUUUAUGUUAAACUUGAUGAAGCGACUCUUAAUGCUGUUGGCAUCGAUGUUAGAGUAAUGGCUAAACUGAUCAUUGACGAAAUUGAAGAAGGGGAUGAUUUCAAAUGGAC